GGGCGCAGGCGCGGUGCUGUUAUUGUUCCGCUGUGCCGCCGCUUGGCCCGGGCUGCCGCGGCCGCCAUCGCUAUCGUCAUGCCGAUUAACAAGCCUGAGAAGCCAGACAGGCCGGAGAGCUGUGACAAUGUCAAGGUGGUUGUUCGCUGCCGGCCUCUCAAUGACCGGGAGAAGGCUACGGGCUACAAAAUGGCAGUGAACGUGGAUGAGAUGAGGGGAACUAUAACUGUCCAUAAAACAGACUCAUCCAAUGAGCCUCCUAAGACAUUCACGUUUGACACAGUGUUUGGACCAGAGAGUAAACAGCUGGAUGUCUAUAAUUUAACAGCAAGACCUAUUAUAGAUUCUGUCCUAGAGGGAUACAAUGGUACUAUUUUUGCAUAUGGGCAGACUGGAACAGGCAAAACCUUCACCAUGGAAGGGGUCCGAGCAGUUCCUGAGCUCAGAGGCAUCAUUCCUAAUUCCUUUGCCCAUAUAUUUGGUCACAUUGCCAAGGCAGAGGGGGAUACAAGGUUUUUAGUUCGCGUCUCUUACCUGGAAAUUUACAAUGAGGAAGUGCGGGACCUGCUGGGAAAGGACCAGACACAGAGGUUAGAGGUGAAAGAGAGACCUGAUGUGGGAGUUUAUAUCAAAGACCUUUCAGCUUAUGUUGUAAACAAUGCAGAUGAUAUGGACAGAAUCAUGACUCUGGGCCACAAGAACCGUUCUGUUGGUGCCACAAACAUGAACGAGCACAGCUCUCGCUCGCACGCCAUCUUCACUAUCACCAUUGAGUGCAGUGAGAAGGGUGUGGAUGGCAACAUGCACGUGCGCAUGGGCAAGCUGCACCUCGUUGAUCUUGCUGGUUCUGAAAGACAGACAAAAACUGGAGCCACAGGGCAGAGACUGAAAGAAGCCACUAAGAUCAACCUCUCUCUCUCCACACUGGGCAAUGUUAUCUCUGCACUGGUGGAUGGCAAGAGCACCCACGUGCCCUACCGUAACUCCAAACUCACACGGCUGCUGCAGGACUCCCUGGGGGGCAACUCCAAAACCAUGAUGUGUGCAAACAUUGGACCAGCAGACUACAACUACGAUGAGACUAUCAGCACUCUCAGGUAUGCAAACAGAGCCAAGAACAUAAAGAACAAGGCCAGGAUUAAUGAGGAUCCCAAGGAUGCUAUGCUCCGCCAGUUCCAAAAAGAAAUUGAAGAGCUUAAGAAAAAACUGGAAGAAGGGGAAGAGAUCUCCGGUUCUGAAACCAGCGAUUCUGAAGAGGAGGAUGAAGAUGGGGAGAUUGGAGAGGAGAAGCGGAAGAAACGGCGGGGCAAAAAGAAAGUUUCCCCUGAUAAAAUGGUAGAGAUGCAAGCAAAGAUUGAGGAGGAGAGAAAAGCUCUUGAAACUAAGCUUGAUAUGGAAGAAGAAGAAAGAAAUAAAGCCAGAGCUGAACUGGAGAAGAGAGAAAAAGACUUGCUCAAAGCUCAGCAAGAGCACCAGUCCCUGUUGGAGAAACUAUCUGCAUUAGAGAAAAAGGUGAUUGUGGGAGGAGUGGACUUGCUGGCAAAAGCAGAGGAGCAAGAGAAGCUUUUAGAAGAAUCAAACAUGGAGCUGGAGGAACGAAGGAAGAGAGCAGAGCAGCUUCGCAAGGAGCUCGAGGAGAAGGAGCAAGAACGCUUGGACAUUGAGGAGAAAUACACCAACCUCCAGGAGGAAGCACAGGGGAAAACCAAAAAAUUGAAGAAAGUUUGGACCAUGCUUAUGGCUGCAAAGUCAGAGAUGGCAGAUCUACAGCAAGAGCAUCAGAGAGAGAUUGAAGGGCUGCUGGAAAACAUUCGGCAGCUGAGCAGAGAGCUUCGGCUUCAGAUUCUCAUCAUAGACAACUUCAUUCCUCAGGACUACCAGGAAAUGAUUGAGAACUACGUUCACUGGAACGAAGACAUAGGAGAGUGGCAGCUGAAAUGCGUUGCAUAUACAGGAAACAAUAUGAGGAAACAGACGCCUGUCCUGGAUAAAAAAGAGAAAGAUCCCUUUGAAGUGGACCUUUCCCAUGUUUACUUAGCCUACACUGAAGAAAGCUUGAGGCAAUCUCUGAUGAAGCUGGAGAGGCCAAGGACUUCAAAAGGAAGAUCCAGGCCCAAGACAGGGAGAAGAAAACGUUCGGCCAAGCCAGGAGCUGUCAUUGAUUCCCUGCUGCAGUAGUGUCACCUGGUCAGAAUUCCUGUAAAAAUCAGUGAGUGUAUAAGGUUUGGCCAGAAUAUGGAAUCCAAGAGAUGGCACAGUUUGACAUGGCUAUAAUUUUUUUAUUUAAAAAAAUGUAUUUUUCCUUAGUUGCCUGUAUAUUGUAUGUUAUAUUAACAUAAUAUUAAACUGGUAUGUAUGAUUGAUGGUUGUGAAAUUCCAUGUCUUAAAUGUGUUGUGCAGGGAAACUUGUUGGCAAUCCUUGUUGAAAUGUAUAGAAAAUAUGGUUCUAGAUGUGUGUUUAAGUGCUAGAUGUGUUAGUUCAAAACAGUUAAUGAAAUCUUGAAAUUAAGGCUGGUAAAUCUGACUUAUGCCCUGCUUUGCACAUAACUGGCAGCUUUCACUGUUGUCCUCUGUUGCACUGAUCUGUGUUUGAAUGUAGUUGCUGCAAACCUUUAAGAGCAUCAAAUCUUUUUAUUUAAUAUUCCUCACUGUGGCUGUUAACACACUGUGUUAUGUGUUGAAUACACAGUUCUUUUCCCUUUUUGCUGUCUUGCUGUACAAAGAAAGUAGCUGGGUAGGAAAAACAUGAACCACAAAAGUCUUGAGAUUUCUGAAAAGGGACCAUGGGUGUCUAAGAGUUCUUUAAUUUUUAUCAGUUUGUUUGUGGUCUGCUGGCACUGUGGAGAAUGAGACCUUGGAUGUUAAGGCAGAAGAGAGCUUUUUUCCUUCUUUUAAGGCUGUGUUACUUUGGCAGCUUUUUAUGCUUCAGGGCUGGUAUUUUUGUGAGUAGUUUUGUAAUCUGAACAGCUGAGAUGAUUUAAGGAGGGUGCUGUAACACCAGGACUUGGUGUCAGCCAUAGGGCUGUGGCUCUAUUUCCUCAUCCCUGGCUACAAGGCACUGAGCCACUGCCCUGCAGUGAGGAUAAAUUUGACUCUCCUUUAGUAAAACAGAAGAAAUUGCCCAAUUUUCCCAGAACAAUAUCCCCUGACCUCACUGUAUGCAUCUCUGGCUAUGCUCUGAGAGGAAAAAAUUUUGGUCUCUGAUAGUUACCAUUUAUUUGUGAUGGCUGCUCUUUUUAUUUGAUAUUAUGCUGCUAAUAGACACAUAUCACUUUUAUUAUGUUGCCUUUGUGUCACAGAGAAAAUGGCUCUCCUUCAAACUGUGUGUGUUUUAUAACUCCUCACAUCAGCUGUGGGUGUCUCAGCGGCUCCUGUGCAGGGUGGAGGGAUGAGCUGUGACCUCAUCUUAGUGUUUCCUGGAGGAUUAAAAGCUGUGUUUGCUCACAGGGGAAGUGGAGUCCUUCAGUGUGACAGAAAACAAGGCAGCUCCUCAGGUGUCUUGAGUCCUUGCUAGUAGCCACAUCUGCUUUUACCAGAAUGUUCCUGUGAAGCACUUAAAGACAUUGAAUUCCCUUUCUUUCUGUCAUGAUGGUUAUCUGGAGGUACCUUGGGGUCUGUGACAGGAUCUGUAAUAGUUAAAACUGGUCUUGUAAGGACAUGUUUUGCUCUGAAGGAUAUAUUCAGUUAUAUUCUAAACAAGUUGUAAGCUUUUUCCUGGUGUUUUUAAUGUUUUUUUUUCAGGAUCAUGACCUGGAAGAACAUGCUGCCCUCUCUAUUUGGGGGGAGUGUCACCUGAAUUCAUACAACAUACAGAUACAAGCAUUUGUUUUUUCUAGCCUAGCAUUUAUGGGUAAAUACUCAAAAUUUCUUGAUUGAAGCUGUAGUUGGUUUUGCUUGUGAAGGAGCUGACCUUAUCUUAAAUGUGCUUGAAUAGAGUUGGAUUAUCUCUUGUAACAUACAUACUUCUCAUCAAAAUACCCAAACUGAAGAUGGCUUAAAUGCUGCUUAAAGUCUUCCAGUUCUGAGUCCAAGCAGAUAGAUGCAUAGCUGUGGCCUGUACUACUUCUCAGAACCAGGGAUAACUUCUGUUUCCUUUUUGUGGUGUAUCUUGUGCUAACAUUUAUUGAAUGAUCUGGUUUGGCAGGAGUUAAACCAGAACUGUGCUUUCAGAAAGGCCAUUGAAAAUCUUUUUACCUGACAGGUAUCAGUCCCUCCAAGAUACUGCUGUGAACCAUGGUACUCCAUUUAAAAUACUGAAAUAUUUAAAAUACUUCAGAUGUAAAGGCAUGUGAUUUACAAUUAACCUAACAGUCCUGCUGCUGAAAAGCUUAGUACUCUGCAUGUUUAAGUGAGCCUUGGAGCAGGGGUAAACAAUAAGUAAUUACUUGCACACCUUUAAUUGGCAGAUUGGAGAAGCUGGUUAUCUCCUGUUGCAGAGGCUUGGAGGACAAACUAUUUGCUCUGUAAGAGGAUUUUCAAUCAAGUGGAACAACAGGUCAUGUGCCCUGUCAGUUGGGCUCACCUGUUAAGUAGUGUAUUUUGUUGAAGCUCUGGGAAGUUUCUUGUAAAACCAGAGAGUUUGGCUUGUGGAUUUACCACAUGGCCCCUCUCUGUGGCCCUGCCCAUCUGUGAAUGUCUCAUGGGCCCAUAAUGUGUUUUAAUAAGGAAAGGAUUUGAUUUAUAUGGACUUCCAAGAGCUUAAUACAGCCUUUCUUCUUGUGGGUCAGUAUGUGCUCUAUGGUAUUUAUCAAAACUCAUCUUACAUAACAUACACUGUGUGUGCUCAUCUUUGCAUUUGCUAACAGAAGAGUCUCCUCAUUCCAGAACAUGGACCUUAACAAUGAGAUUUUUGCUUAAUGUUGUGUAAAUGAAUUAUUUAAUAUUUAACUUGUUCCUAAUCCUUUAAGAGGAGGGGAAAUGGUCCUUAGUGCCUUUUACUGACUACACUGUCUGCACAUGUCCAGCUUUCACCUUUCUCCACAGUUCUGCUUAGCCAGGCCUGCAUAGAGGGAAAAACUGCUAGUCUGUAUAAUUUGUCUUUCUGUUUGUUUUUUUAACUGUUUGUUUCUGACUAUUUCUUGUUUUAUUAAAGUUAAUUCAUUAUACUGUAUAUAUCAAUAUUGUGUCCCUGGAGCAUGUUCAUACCAUGAAAUAAAAUUCUUGAUUCCUAAUUCCA